GCUGGCUUGCAACCAAUGGCUAUCACCCGAAAAGGGAACAGGUCAUACUUGGUGUACAUUGCAAGUUGGGCGAACUAAAGAUAACGUCGGCAGUAUUUCUGAAGUCAGUUCCCGAAACAUCUUUAACGACCAUCUGUGGUUUUCAUUGCUGUUCCGUCCAAGUUACAGCAGGUUCACAAGAGUCCAGAGAUUGUGGAGCUUAGCGUCGUUAUUGUUCCUGUCAAUGGUCGCCUCAGCUAUGUUUUAUGAUACACCAGAUGACACUCUCCCUCUUGUAAAGACGACGCAUUUCGAAAUAGGAUAUAAGGAAAUAUACACUGGGUUGAUGUCAAGUGUCAUAACAGUGGCUCCAUCUUUGUUUAUGACCUACAUUUUCAACAAAAGAAAAAUACGUGGUGAGAACCCAUUAAGUGUCUUACAUGACGGCGAUACAUUUCUUCCCACCGGAAGUCUGCCUUGGUGGUCAAUAUUCAUCGGAUACCUAGUGCUACUGAUCUGCAUCAUCUCAGGUUCUUUUUUCACGCUUUUAUAUUCGUUGGAAUGGGGGCCGUCUCUUACCAUUAAAUGGAUGUCAGCUUUUUUCCUCGGCACAACAGAAAGUGUAGUUUUAAUUGAACCAACAAAGGCCAUCUUACUCGCUGUCCUUCUUGUUUGUCUGUGUUCGGAGAAAACUAGCAAACAUGACUUUCACCUACCACCAAUAUCCGUCUACCAAACGAAACGAAACAUCUACAAUCAAGGAACUGAUACCAGACAAACUGUUGAUUGUCCUUGUGAUAAACCAGAAACCACGGUCCAGAUGCAUCGUCGGUAUACGCUACGCAUGGACAGAAAACUGAACAGAUUACUGAGGAAAUUCGUCUUUGCGAUGACCUAUAUUUGCAUGCUUUUAAUGAUUGGUUCACAGCAGAAAGUUUUCGAUGUAUGCAGACAAAACAUGCACUUGAAAAACAUUUUGAAACCUACAAAAGAGAUCAAAACGAUGGAGGGAGUCUGGGAGUACAUUCACACUGUAGUGCUUCAGCGAUUUUAUCCAUCGGGGUAUUACAGUGGUGAAUUAAAAUCAUUCGAUGAGCUGCGAUUUGGUGAAGACAAUUUGAAAAUGGGACCUCUUCGUCUACGCCAAAUUCGAGUUUCAGGCGUUUGUACAACUCCAUCAUUCAUGCGGAUCCACGGUAUCAAGUGUGUCGCUGACUAUGAUACGGGUACAGAAGAUACAAAGGACUACACUGACGGUUGGGUCCCUAUGAACGGAAAUGUUUCUCGUAAUGACGUCACCACAUCAUACCAAUAUCAUGACAAUAGCGACAAGGAGACGACCACAUACACAGGAUAUUUCGGAACGUAUGGUAGCGGUGGAUAUCUCAUUGUUUUGGAUAUCAUACCUUCAAAGACAACCGAUCUCGUGAAUAAUUUGAAAAAUGGUGCUUGGCUUGAUGAAAGAACCCGCGCCCUUUUCAUAGAAGCAUGUCUCGUAAACAGAAACAACAUGUUGUUUACCCAAGUCCAAAUCGUGUUAGAAUUUCCAGGUACAGGCGGAAUAUUCACGAAAACAACGGUUGUAUCGUCCAAUCUCCACCCAUAUACAAACACCUUUGAUUAUAUCAUUCUGUUUCCUACAGGUAUUGUUUGUAAUCACCAUUUUUGUGCGGUUCGUGUUUGUGGCUGUAAAGGCUAUGAAGACUAGAGGCCAUUCCCUAAUAACAACAGGCCAAGUCAUUGACAUGUUCCAUCUGGGAGUUUCCGUCACCGCCAUUGUGUGUCUCGUCAUGAGAUUGACCAGCACGAUCGCCGUUCUCAACACACUUAGAAUGGAUAUGGGAUUUUACACUUCCUUUGGACGGGUCUUUCAAUGGGAUGAAUAUUACUCUAUAUCACUGGGCAUGACCACAUUUAUUGCUAUCCUCGAUCUACUCAAACAUUUGUUAUUCAACUACCACAUCUUCUUGAUGUACAGAACAAUUUUGGCAUUUCGCUCGGAGCUUUUUCAGUUUACAAUAGCUCUUUCAGUUCUUAUUGUUGGGUUCGCGUGUCUGAUCAACCUGAUUUACGGCCACACAGAAAGCGCCUUCAGAAGCAUACCAAUCGCGAUCCUGACUCUGUUUCGAAUGACAAUCGGAAUGAUAAAAUUCCGUAAUGACAUCCAGGUGGCAGUUAUAGGUAUAUUAAUUACAUUUGCGGUAUACGCGUUGGUCGCCACCGUUUGCUUUGUCAACCUGUUUGUGAGUUCACUGGACUAUAAAUUAACACAUAUUAAACAGCUUAUCAAAGACGGGUUGACAACGUUCGACUGGCAUUUAAGUGGUCACUUUUGGAAUAGACUGGCAAACCUGUUCACAAUAUGCGGAGCUACAAGACCAAACAAACGAGGAAAGAAAGGACAUAGAAGUGGAAUCAAUCUACAAAAGGGAGAAUUAAGCUUCUGCAUAUUCCUAACGAAUGUUAUGCGACGGUUUGGAGAAGACACAGAUUUAGAAAGAACAGCCCUUCAUAGAGUUUUGCUACAGUUGAAACGCAUAUGUAGACGCAGGGCGACACUUAACGGAACACAGUACAGAUAUUCUACUGACUGGGCAAGGGAAGAUAACACGUUGAUCAUUGAAUUCUUUUGUGACACGUUAAACUGUAGAAUACACGUUGACUGUUAUACGUCAUCUGAAGCUGGCCGACAGGGACUUGCACCGUACGGUAACGCCACCGAGCCACUCAGCAUGCUGUUUAAAAUCAACCUGUCUAACAGAGACCGCGGACGUACAAACACAAAUAACAAUGACGUCACGAAUGGCAGACACUCGCCGUGUAUUGUGAUGAUCAAAGUACCGGCCAUCCUGUUGUCGUGUCGACCUACGUUCCUAAUCAUGUGCCGCGGUAACCUUGGUGACUGGUGCCAAUAUACAGCCAAUCAUGGCAUUAAAAACGAAGGGGAGGUAUAUUUGUCCGCUACCGUCUCGUGUUGUCCACAGUACGUUAUGGCUAUAACCUCUGACCUUUGGCCUGGUAUCCCACCUGUCAUCCAGCAGAACAAUGCCAUAGAACACGUCCUCGCUAAGAAGGGAGGUGUCUUCUACCUUCCAGGAUUGUGCAAGAAAAUAGUAUUUAUGUUUCCUGAGGACUGUGUUACGAUAGAUACGGACAUCACGAUAUUGUUGGAGCCUGGUGAGAAAUUCCCCAUACUACAUGUCAUGGCCCGUGGUGACGUAUCAGGACCGAUCACAGUCCAGUUCAGGAGGAACAGACACUACCAACUGCAAACCGGCGAUGUCCCAGAAAUUAAACUUCUGACAAAAGUAGGAGACAUGGAAUGGAAAGAAGGAAUUCCUGGUACACAGACAUACCCAAGUGACCUGAGCGUCCAGAUCGAUUGUCUUCGAAGAGGCGUGAAGACAUCCAUCACGGCAUGUGAAUCCAACUACGUCAUCAUGUUGCACAGAAACUCAAAUAGAUAUCUCGAACACGAGAUGGAAAUCCUUUCUGAAGUAUACAGAAAAAAUAUCCCAACGCAGUAUUGGCGUCAAGUCGGAUGUAAUCUUGGACUGUCACAAGAGAGGCUGACGCAAAUCGAAAUGAAGAAACCGAGGACUCUCGAGGAAAAGACUUGCAUUGUAUUGCAAGAAUGGUUAAAACAAAAUCGAGGAAGAGGUCUUUACGAAAUCCGCGAGUCCUGGAUGUAACUUUGGAUUUUAUUGCCUUUCUAUUGUUUUUCAUACACAAUAAGUUUUUGUAAGACUUCUCAUGCCGCUUUAAGUGUUUUUUGGCUUAUCUUUAUGUUGUCAUUGAAUAUGUCACAAUGUCUUAAUUAACUGGACAAAUUUCUUUAUAGAUAUAUCAGAUGUAAUUUGAAAUAUGUCAAAAAUUAUGAAAAUCAUGAAAAUUUCAGCGUUUAGUAUCAACAGAUAUGGCGUUGUCUAGCCUCUCGAAAUCGUUGAAGUAAUUGCUUAUGUAUUAGAAUAUUGCGAGGUACGAUCACAGGAGAUCACGGGAGACGAAUGCCGUUAGAAAAAUGCCGGAUUUCAGUUCAAGUCACUGCGGAAAAAAAAUAAAAAUAUAAAGUUAUAUUUACA